CCCACCCAGUACACAUUUGUGGUUAGCUGUAUCCAGCGUGUUGUUGUAGUUAACCUAUUCAAGUGUGAUAUGGAGGCCUACAGCUUAUUAAUAGUCUUCUCUCACUCCUGAAAGUGUUGUUAUAUUUUAAAUGUAAUACUUUUUUGAGAUGUACUGUGUUCAGUAUGAACUUUUAGAUUUUUGAAGUAAUUUGAAUAUGUGUGUAGCUAAAAUAACUUGUUAUAACUAUGUCUUCCAGCAGGUUAAUAUAUGAUCUGCCACAAAUGUGUGGUUUUCAAUAGGGUUCUUUAUUAGUGCAGAAUGGAGAUCACCAAAGAGAGCGGAGAAGGAACUAGUUUGCCAGCAGAAUGGAGUUCAGUGUCAGAGCCAGCAAGAGCCGCUUGGCUGUUCUCAAAGGAACUUCUGCAAAGAAACAGACAUUUAAAGAGCCUGUAUUUGAAUGUUGAUGUCAGGAAAGAGAGACAGCAACAGGACAAUGCCUUGAUCACAUUCUACAAGAGACCUUGCAUUCAGUGGGCAUCACCUUUCAUUUGCGAACUCAAAGGUGACUGCGUGACUGGACCUAGUGUUUGCCGCCACCUGUUCUCAACAGCGAUUUUCAAACUAAGAAGUGGAUUGCAUUUCAAUUUAGAAGAUGCAGUCCUCACUAAGGUGUUUGAAGGGGAGUCGGACCACCUGGUUCCUUCCACCUCUGAAGCGCUGGUCAGCAGUGAGGCGUUCACCGUCGCAGGCCGGAUGGUCGGACACUCCUUCCUGCACGGUGGGCCCAGCCUCCCAGGCAUCAGUCCCGCUGUGCUGCAUGUCCUCUUUGGGGGUUCACCAGAGAGCGCCCCUGUAACACUGGAGGACUGUCCAGAUAUGGACAUCCGCGACAGCAUAACCCUGCUGGAUUCAAACGACAAAGCAGAAUUCUGUGACUCCAUCUCUUCUCUCUGCAUGUCGUGGAAUCUACCAGCACCAAACGUAGCAGGCAGAAACUGCCUUUCCAAGCAGCUUCUGCAACAUGCCGUGCUGGGGCGGACCAUGGCCCAGAUCAGCUGCUUCAGACGGGGGCUGGAGGAGACGGGGGUGUGGCCGCUCCUCACCCAGAGACCGGACGUGGUACCGCUUCUCUUCCCCAGGGAGUCGGAGGCACAGAUCACGUCACACAUGCUUCUGGACCACAUCGUGUGGCCGUCGGCCAUCACUGUUAUUUAUGAGAACUACAUGGAGCUGAAGGACGACGAAGAUGAAGAAGAGGAUAAAGGAGAUAUUUGCCGAAUUUCUGGUUACCUGAGAAUGUUUAUCGAAAAUGCUUCGUCAGCGGAGCGGAAGAGCUUGUUAAAGUUCUGGACCGGUUGGGAGAUGCCUGCAGAGAAGAUGAAGGUGGAGAUACUCAACGCUGCACUGCCCUCGUCGAUCGCUUGCUUCGAGAAGCUGCGGCUGCCGAGACAUUACGUCAAAUUCAACACGUUCAGAGAUGAGCUGCAGGCCUGCUUAUCCACUGUUCACAGUAGCUUUGAAUUCUCUUGAUAACUGACGUGUCCUGGUACAUCUGAAGUACCACAUGUGAUUAGAUCAAAUAAUUAUAAGGAUAUUUUUUUGGAAAGCAUCAUUCAAAUAUACAAAUAAAUUAAAAGUUAUUAUAUGUAAUAUUAAACAUAACACAGCAGCAAUAGGCUAGUGUCAUGUAGAAUAUUAUAUACUAUUAUCAUAGUAGGGCGGUAUAUUUGUUUUUAAACAUGGUAAUAUGUCGUAUAUGAUCCUCAACAUAAUCGAUAAAUAGAUAAUAGCCUCUCAUGUUUCAGAUGUUUGUGUUGGUGGAAAAGGGUACUUUACACAAACUCUUCAACGUCAUGUCAAACUUAUAGAGGGUAGGCCACCUCCCCGGCAUGUGUGGAUUUGUGCACAUCACUGCACUUCGUCUGAGAUAUUGUCUGCUUCUCUGAUUCCUAACGCCAAGGAGUGUGGCACAU